AUGGCUGGCAGAAAAGCAGGGGAGUACCCGCGCAAACGCUUGUAUUUGGUGAGAAAUACCGAUCUGCACCCCUGGAGCGGGUCGUGCUGGGGUUCAAACCAGACGUGUCGUACUACAGGUUUCAGCCAUGGUGGCGGUCGACCAACCUUGAUAUUUUGCUACACUCGUGGGUCUGCUCAAGAGACCUGUCGCUACCUUGUCCGCAACAAGCACAUGCUGCAAAACCAGCAUCCAGCCGAUACACUUGACCACUCGAUUCAGGCAACCAGAUCCUCAACGAUAUUGUACCGCAUGGCAUUGCAUUCCAUCAUGCUGGUCUCUCUGCUAGCGAUCGAGCCAGACUCUGAGCAACUAUUCAAGAGCGGAUCGAUCCAUAUUCUCUUCUCAGCUAACAUCGAUGAUGUUGGUGUAGGUUCAACAUCCACGCUUGGAAUCGGAAUUAAUUUGCCAGCGUACAUGGUCAUUGUCAAAGGGACAAAAGGUUAUGUUGACGCUGGAAACGUUGAAUACAGUGCGUCAGAGAUACUCCAGUUUAUUGGCCGUGCGGGGCGGCCUCAGUUUGGGAACAGUGGCAAAGCGAUCAUUCUUACCGAGAGCUUCAAUGUCGAUAAAUAUCGAGAUUUGGUGACUGGCCAGGAGGUUCUUGAGAGCAACAAGCUAGCAGAAGUAAUUCUCUGCAACUGCGACAAACAGGUUUUCAAGACGGCAUCUGAUAUUGUUGAGUGGCUGUCAAAGACAUUCUUUGCUGUGCGCAUACGAAAGAAAUUCCCAGAAGGAGCUAUACAUGGGAUUGUCAAACAAGAAAUCUCAGCGCUUACGCGCACAAAUUUGCUAACAGAAGUUGACGGUGGGAUCGGCCUGACAGAUAUCGGAAAGUGUGUUGCAAAGUACCGAGUCAACCCAAUAGCUAUGGCGAAGAUGCUAGAGGCAAUGCCAGAGGAGCCCAGCUACCAGCAAAUUUUUGAAGGAAUAUGCGGUAGUGAUGUAUUCGAUGACCUCAAGAUCACAGCUGGGCAGAAAGGCGUACUCAACGGGAUGAGCAAGGCACCUGGGCUCCCACUUAGGCUAAAGGGACGCAUCCAGGAUAUCAGAGACAAAGUCCUUGUUCUACUGCAGUAUCGGCUACUGGGCAAGGAUAUCCCGUAUACCAAGUACUCGGCCGGGCUAUCUCGUGAUAUGAGCAGAGCCAUCCAGAUGGCUCUUGGCCCAGCAAAGUGCAUCCGUGACUAUUAUGCAGACAAGCGGGACAGAGAUGGGAUCAUUCAUGGGAGUGAGAAUGUAAGCACGAAGCAUAUAUUUUUCAGUAUACCAAUAUCCUCCGGUGUACAUAUGGCUACUACAACAGCAUCCCUUCGUAGUGCGCGCGAGAUUUCGGCACGAUGCUUCGAGAGCUGCUCAGCAGUACUACAGCAGCUUGAUGGAGUCGGACCCCGCUAUGCAGAGAUAAUGUGGAGCAACAAUAUCCAGUCUGUCACAAGUCUGCUGUCAACAAACGCUUGGCAGAUUGAGUAUCUGCUAACAAGGAAUCCCCCGUUUGGCACCAAGGUGCUGUCUGCAGCGGCAAGUAUACCGUCGUUUUCUGCCAAGGUCUUCUUAGACUGGAUAGAUGCGGACACUGUUGUGUUUACGAUCGAGGUUGGUUGCGAGUACCGGCAACGAUUGGUAGCAGGCACUGAUAAUCGGCAUGGCAACGAUGAGAUCAGCGCAACUGUCCUCGCUCAUACUUCUGACGGUGUCCUACUCAAGUACGAGGCUAUUAGUUUCGGUACAGCGUCAGCAUUUUAUGCAACACAGGCAGGGCUGUGUAAUCCAUCGCCAGGGUCGUCGGUGAUAGUAGAGGUAGCAUCCGAGAGGCACGUCGGAUGCGAAAAACGCGUAGAAGUGCCUAUCAGACAAGUGAGCAGCGCUGCUACCCAACAACAGAUCACCUCAAAUGCACCGCCAAGCCUGGCCCAGCAAUAUGACGAUAUAAUCAUCGACUCGGAUGACUUGGAAGCAAUUGUACUCAUGCCCGAUGAUGACGAUGACUCAGCAGCUUAAUGGGCUUCACAGAGCCUUCCAUGAUGUGUUU